AUCUUGCAAGCUUAAUUUACGAUUACCUCGCAUGUACGCAACUAACAUGCGUUCCCCGUGUGUCAAAGUCACCUGAGAAUAUGCGUUAACCGCGAACUGCACUUUCGAUUGCAGUUUCCAGGCAACGCAGUUGAUCGAUUCAGCAAAAUUCGCGAAUUCUACGAAUAUCUUAAUUGCCGGGAAGAUAAUUUCGCGUCUCCCUCGCAGCGACAAGCGAUUGAAAGGAUAGAAUUCACAUGCGGUUUUUAGAUGAUUCCGGCACAGAUAUUCCGUCUGAUACACACGAACGGCCUGCUCUGGCAGGCCACGAACAAAUCCUUGCUGGCGAAGCUGCGCAAGAAGACUGGCUACACCUUCGCCAACUGCAGAAAGGCCCUGGAGCUGCAUGAGAACGAUAUAGAGAGGGCUGAAACGUGGUUGAAGGAACAGGCCCAGCAGCACGGCUGGACGCAGGCAGCCAAGCUGCAGGGCCGCAACACCAGCCAGGGCCUGAUCACAGUUACAGUAGACAGGCAUCACGCCGUGCUGGCCGAGAUCAACUGCGAAACCGACUUCGUGGCGCGAAACAAGAAAUUCCACGGCCUCGCGGAGAUGGUGGCCUCCGCGGUGUUGACUCACGCGAGGACCCAGGAGUGGGAUUCCCAAAAUGGAGUACAGCGAAUUCUCUUCCACACGGACAGUCUCAAGACUCUGCCAGCCGAGGAUGGCAAGUCGUUGGGUGACCAUUCCGCCCUCACGAUUGGCUCCGUCGGCGAGAACAUCACCCUGAAGCGUGCGCUCGCCAUCAGUGUGAAGCUGCCGGAUGUCACGUUGUACGGGUGCACGCAUCCGGCGCCGAUGAACCCCAUACCGGUGUCCUUCGGCAAGUACGGCGCCCUCGUGGCUGUUAAAUGGCAGAACAGCGACAACAUGCUGGGCACGCAACUCUGCCAGCAUAUCAUUGGUAUGGAUCCCCAGAAGAUCGGGAACGCGCGAGUGGACGAACCGCACGACAACCCGGACGAGGAGCCCUGCAUGAUCUAUCAAGAGUUUCUGCUUGAUCCUAGUCUGUCCGUCCAGCAGUUACUGACGGACGCGAGCGCCGAGAUCAUCGAGUUCGCGCGCUUCGAGGUCGGCGAGGAAAAGUUCGAGGAGAAGUCUGAGCUUAAAGACGCUUGCAGUUGAAAUCGAGUGACGAAUAAUCAAUCUUCUUCGAGUGCUCUGCAAAACCAUCGCACCCGUUAUUCUAUUAUAAUUAUUAUCUCACAUUAUUUACACAUAAAGCUCGUAUAUAUUUCCGCGACUGUUAUUAUUUUCGUUAUGAGAUCCGAGAGAAGAGAACGUAUCGAAGUAUCGUACCUUAGCGCUAUGUGUACAAUGUAUUACCUUAUGUAAUAAAUUUGGCGCUUCAAGCGUAGAGCUC